AUGGGGGACCUGGCCACAGAAUUUAGGAAGGCUUACGCCAAUGGGUCGGGCGACAGUCUCGGUGCCGUUUUUGCGCCAAUCGCCACUCCUAAUAACCCACAUCGACUGCGUUCGUUCUAUGAGUCCUCCAAUGCCCAAUUCCUGAAUGAAGACCUCACCGCCGCCCUCUUCCACGGCAAAAGCCCCAAACUGCCCAAGGCCGAACAAAAUUCAUGGGUGGAAAUAUUCACUGCUUACUGGGAAGCGGUUGGAGAGAUUCUCAAAUACGAGAGCCGACAUCCAGGCGCGAGCGUUCUUGCUAUCUUGACCACAUGGAAGAAGGUUGCCAAUGCGCUCAUUCGAGGAUAUUCCAUUUCUAAAUUCAAUAUCCCGGCCUGGACACUGCCAUGCUUAUACACCGUCGGAAAGUACCUCCGUACCUUCGCGAUCAAGGCCGACCUGGAAGCAGCAUCGAGGGGAUCAUCCAGUUUUGGGUUUCAGGAUGAUGUGGCGGCGGAUGUCGGAAAGAAUGAGAAUCUGGAGGAGGCUGCGCGUAUCAUGAACCGAAUGUUCACUCUCUGCUUAAGCGACCGGGCACCCAUCGAGGAGUCUCGGAAAUGGGGGAUUUAUAAUACCACAAACCUGCUCUUCAAAACCUACUUCAAGAUCAACUCUGUCGGUCUCACUAAGAACAUCCUCCGUGCGAUCAGCGCUCAGUCCGACGACCUUCCUCCACUCCGCGCAUUUCCCAAAUCCCAUAUUGUCACAUUUGAAUACUAUGUCGGAAUUAUUCAUUUUCUAGAUGAAAACUAUGUCGAGGCCGAAGAGCAUCUGACUACUGCUUGGAAGAUGUGCCACCGAAACGCACUGAGAAACCGAGAGUUGAUUCUCACGUAUCUCAUUCCCUGCCACCUGGUCACCACGCACACACUCCCUAGCAAACAACUUCUAACUCCCUUCCCACGACUCGAGAAUCUGUUCCGGCCCCUUUCAAAUUGCAUUCGCAAGGGCGAUCUUGUCGGCUUCGACAAUGCCAUGUCCGCCGGCGAGGCAGAAUUUGUCAAGAGACGCAUCUAUCUUCCCCUCGAACGAGGACGUGAUAUUGCCCUACGCAACCUCUUCCGAAAAGUCUUCAUUACCGGUGGGUUUGAAGAGACACAGUCUGGGAACCCUCCCAUUCGACGAACCCGAGUCCCUGUGGCCGAGUUUGCGGCGGCGUUGCGAAUCGGUACUCAUGCGACUAAUCGGACGCGGGUGGAUAUUGAUGAGGUGGAAUGCCUGCUGGCCAAUCUGAUAUACAAGAGUCUCAUGAAGGGUUAUAUCGCUCGGGAGCGCGGUAUGGUUGUGUUGAGCAAAAACAACACUGCUUUCCCUGGAACGGGGGUUUGA